UAUAUAUAAAGCGAGCGAGUAGUCAGUAAAGUAUCAUACCUACAGAGAAUACAAAGUGACUAGAUUGUUAUUGUACAAUCGUAAACAAAUUAAGACGAGCAAGAUGUCAAUUCUACCGUAUUUGUACGAGAUGGAACGGCCAUUGCGUCUAAUGGAGAGGGAGAUGUUCAUACCAGACGACUUCUUCGGCUUCCCGCCAUUUCAGUUAGCGCACAAAAAUUUCUUCGGCCCGCCACAUUUGAGACAUUGGGAGAAUGUUUUCCAACCAUUGGAGAACCUAAUCAGACCUAUGGAACAGCUGUCCGCGGCGAUAAACCGGCUUGCUUUAAAUGAAGUCGGCACUAAAAUUACCGCGGACAACGAGAAGUUUCAAGUGAACAUAGACGUGCAGCACUUUUCACCAGAUGAAGUGAGUGUCAAAAUCGUGGACAACCAAGUGAUUGUGGAGGGAAAACACGAAGAGAAGCGUGACGAGCACGGAUAUAUAUCUAGGCAGUUCGUGCGAAGGUACACUUUGCCAAAAGAGUGUUUACCAGAUACAGUGGAGUCCAAAUUGUCAUCCGAUGGAGUGUUAACCAUUACAGCGCCGAAAGUGUUGGCUUUGCCUUCAAUUGGUGAACGUAUUGUGCCAAUCACUCACACUGGACCUGUACAGAAAAAUAUUGGAUCUCAGGAUCAGGAUCAGGAUCUUAGCAUCGUACAGGAAACGGCCAAAGAAGCCAAGUAAAUGUAUAAAUACCUACAUUUUUUUUUAAAUUUUCAAGACUGAUUUUAAUUAUUUUUUUUAAAUGCUAACAUUAUGUGCCUAUUUUUCGUUAAGGUUCUUGUGAUAAGUAAAUAAAUAAUUAAUAAGCAAA